UUCUAAUGACCGCGUUUCUUCUUCUGCCACACAAAGUAGAAAGAGCCACACAGCCUCUUCGUUGCGCCCAAGCUUUGUUCCUGCCUUUAAAUGACUAUGAUCAGGCAUGCUGCACACCAUAUCUGGCUACCAAGAUCUCUCAACAAGAUACAACCUUGCGAUUAAAAGACGCCGAAGAAGUUUAAAAGCCACUCUCUGCCCCGUCCCAUUGUCAACAAUCAAUUCAAGCAGAGAUCGAUGCUACCGUCAAUAUGAUGGUGAACGGCAGAAGAUCUAGACCAUCGCCUUCCCCUAUGGACAACUCCAGCAGUCAAGAGGGCGAGCAAAAGCUUGCCAAUCUCACCUGGAUCAUGAUAACAGAGCCAAGCCAGUCUAAGGACAAGGAGAUGAUGCGAAACGUUCGUAUCCAGGUUAUGAACGACUAUCUCACCAAGGAACGGCGCAACCCAAACAGUAAAGAUGCCCGCGUACGACACAGUGGAAGAAGAGAUCGUACACCAAUCAACACAACACCAGAAGCGAGAAAGAGACCCGGACUGUCGACCAUGAGGAGUCACUCUCCUCGAGCUAGGGAUUCUGUGAUCGACCUGACACUACCGUCAGAAGAGGAGGCCUACCAGGAAAUCGAAGAAGAGUCCACAGAAGAUGCACACAUGGCCAUAUUGACGCGUGGCGUCGCUUCAAAGGUCCAGCUAGCAGGUAUUGGUGCAAAAUUGGACGUCUUCAGUGCCACCCCCAAGUUCGAUGGGGAGCAGCACAUUGAUGUCUGCAUGCUCAAGCACAACUGCACAACCUACUUUGGAAGCCAGGCCAUGUGCAAGAGGUGGGCCCCACUGCUGUUCGCUGGCCGCGCAGCAUUUCUCAGCACCUUGUGCAUAUCUUCUGCAUAUCUCGAUAUGAUGCAGAUGGACUUCUCGCAUGUGACGACUUCGAACACAAUUGAGUCUGUGAGGACACUCACCGUCAGGGAACACACUGUGAAGCUGAUCGGUGAGCGUCUCUCUGAUCCAGUCACCUGUUGUAACGAUGGAAACAUAGUCUCAGUCUUGCAUUUCUUGUAUGGUGAAAUGAUCGUGGCAUGUGAUCAAGCUUUACACUGGCACGAAGAGGGACUGCAUACUAUGGUGGAGUAUCGAGGAGGUCUGGACCAAUUAGGCGGCGACGGAGUGCUUGCUGCUAUGGUCACAAUUGAGGUCUUUGAACUGUCAAUCUUCCGCGAAACACGUCCUCGCCAAGAAUACCUCGACUACGCUCGCUACAUCUCCAAUUCAUCCAAGCGUGGCUCAGCAAUUCCCGAGUCACCUCUCUACUACCCUACAGGUCUCCACCAUACCUUGGGUCGAACAAGACGCUGCGAUGAAGAGACCUUGGACCUCAUCAACUUCACACGAGACCUCACACAAGUCGUACUGGAUCUGCAGAAUGCAUCUUCAACCGGAAGCUCGCCUCUUGGGAGAUAUGGUCCUCAUACAGCAAGAAGAAUAUACACAGAACAAGAGAUACGAGCGUUAAACCAGAAAAAGAGCAAUGUCACAACACAGAUUGUGGUACUGGAGGCGCGAGACGACCCUGUCUAUGAAGCGACACGGUUAUGCGCUCGACUCUAUGCCACCGCCGUCCACUGUAACCAGCCCUUUUCGGUCACGGCUCGCAACUUUCCAACCCAGCGUGGAGUCUCGAGUAUCGUGAUACAGAUCAGAAACUGUCUUCUCCGCACAGACAUGUCAAACUGCUGGGACAGCAUGGUAGGUAUACUCUUCUGGUGCACUCUGGUGACCGGAGCCGCGUGCAACGACCCGGAUGAUCAUGAUGUGGAGGUUUUGGCCACAAAGAAAUGGAUGGUUGCUUUGGCAAUCAGAUGUUCAAUUCUCUUGACCUUUCAACACACGGAUGCCGUGAUAAGGACAUUGAGAACAGUACUGGCUGUGCAAGGAGUGCUAAGAGGCGCGGCUGGGGGGCAGGAGGUUUGGGCCAAUACCCCUGGUGGGUUCUGAGCAAACCGGGAAGGUCGAUGAGUCAACGGAAUGUAAUUUUACAGCAGAUUAUAGCAGACCUCCAGCGUAGAAACAGCUUAUGCACUGAUCUCAACUUCACUAAUUGCGAGCUUUCACAAAAUGCUACGAUGCAUGGCGAUAAGCAUGAAUUUCCUGUAAGCCACCAACAUGACUUGCAUCAGGAGUGACAAAUAGUACUUCUCCAGCCAACCGCGAGCGCCGAUAGACUUUACUCAACUCCAACAUACAGACGAAAAGC